AUGCCCAAUAUUGCGCCACAGGAUGUUGGCUACUCUGUGUUCUGCUUAUUUGUCGACGUUCUCAUUCCAGUCAGAGCUGAUUCUAUUUGGGGAGUCAGCAUCUGGAUUGACCCUGCGCCGCCCCCAGACGAAGGACCCCCAAUUUCUGCAUCUGCAAUAAGAGAUACUGCGUUGCUCUGGAGAGAGAUUGUUGCUAUUGUCGCAGCAUACAUCGCCGUCGUGUCUCUAUUGCUAGGUUGUCUUUUAACCGUUGGCAGACGGCUUCGUCGCGGCGCACAAGAGUCAAACGGAACGCUAGAGAUGGAUCUCGUCAAACCAUCUGCUGGAAUGAUGGAAGACUCGCCAGCCCCGGUGGAGUUCUCAACCAACAACCUAUGGCCGAGCCCAAUGAGCCCGACGACCCAGAGUAAUGUCUGGCCGAGUCCUCCCAAGAGCAAGGCUCGCUCGUUCAAUCUGCCGUGGUCGUCUUCGCAUUCAAAUAGAGCACAAUCUGCAGCCUCGAUAGCGGGCAGCGUUUCAACCGUUGACGAAAGCGUCGUUCAGGCAGAUCGGGUGAAAGCACAGGAGGAGAUGGAAAGACUUUACGCUGCCGUCAUGGAGCAUGAUGCGAGGAAAUCCGCCAUGUCCCAAGAGACGGUUACCACCAGAACAACUCCUCCUUCGCCCUUGAGAUCGCCCGUACGUCUGAAUCCGCUUGAGGGACCUCCAGAGUUCCGACAUUUACGACGCCAACAGCAGCCAAUGUCUCCUGUGUCCCCUUCCUCCCCUCUCUCAGCAUGUCACCUACCAACAGUGACUGAGUUCGAACCUCAGCAUCACUCAAGCCUGCCCUUCCAGGAGGAACCAGCUUCAAAAGAAUCACCCAUUUCACCUCGAGCCGAAAGGUUCUCCAGGCUCUCGCAGCUGUCUUUCCUCAGCUCUCGAUCCAAAAACUCCACCUCCUCACCAAAGAAACUGCUUGGCCGCAGCUCCCUACGGGGUCUCCACAUCUCAUCCCCAAUGGGCUCCCCCGAGCUCAACUCUCGUGACUACCUUGAUAGACAGCCUCUCUCCCCUCGCACAUACAAUCCCGGGCCUCCUCCUCUAACUCCCCAUGAACAGGCGAAACUCAACUCUCCUCAACCAAACAUGGCUUCUCCAUCCUUCAUUACUUCUCCGCCUAGCAAAGAAUCACUUGGUAGCCGUAAAUUCCGUGCUACUCCUCCAUCAUUGAAUAUCAAUACAGCCCAGACCAGCACGCCUCCACUACCAUUCCGUGUUGCUUACGACAGCCCUAUGAGCGCCCCAUCAACUAAGACGACCAUCGUUGAACGAAGGCCCGAUCUUUUGCAUGGACCGCGGACGGGCGUUCCUCGCACCCCUUAUAGUCCAUAUAUGCCAUUCACUCCCAUAACCCCCUUAACGCCUAGUCAUAUUGUCACCCGCCAGGAGCGGAAACAAAGACAGAAGCGGGAUGGGCCAAGAGUGUUGAUGGAAGAGGACCUGGUUAAGAGUGACGAAGAUAUGUGGUCAUAG